CAUCAGGCACAUGCGAUGCGUGCUGUCGACGUCUUUUCAGAGUUUACAAACGUGUUUCAUCGCGACUGCGACCAGCUACAUAAUUGCUAUGCGCCCGUUAUUGUAUGCGGGAGCGAAUUUCCGACUAUGCCUAUGCCUAGUAUAGUGACGAUAGUAAAGGUUCGGUGGGCUAGUGAUAGGAUCUUUAGCUCCUGACUAGGAGGGUCAAGAAAAGACUCUGAAGGUGACACCUUGUGAGCAUUUCAAUCCAACCUAGAAAGCAGCAAGCUUCUGCAGUCGUUUCAAUCAGUUCUGUUGCGUGACAAAAAUACAAACAGUCGUAUCGUCGAUCAUGUCUCGAAUUCGCGUUGCUGUUGUGGGUGCGGGCGCAGGCGGACUGUGUGCGGCUAAGCACUUCCUGGCAGCUGCCUCACGCUACGACGUGUCCGUCUUCGAGCAGACCAGUGAGGUUGGUGGAACAUGGGUAUAUCGUGAAGAGAACGGCGCUUCGGCAAACGGGAAGUUUGUCCACAGCAGCAUGUAUGCCAACCUCAGAACAAACUUAGCCAAGGAGAUCAUGGCCUACCCGGACUACCAGUUCCCGUCUCACUUACCAUCGUUUGUCAGUCAUAGAGAUGUUCACAAGUACUUGCAGGACUACAGCCGGCACUUCAACAUCCAUCAGCGUAUCAACUUCGACACUACCGUCGUCGACGUGGCACCUGUUGCCGAUGCAGAACAUGCCGCCGCUGCCUGUGAUGCCGACGUAGCAGGGAAGAGAGCCGAUGGCAGUGCGUUGGAGUGGCUCGGACCUCGCUGGCAGGUCACGCAUCGAUCCGCUGUGGAUGAGCGGGCACCUGCCAAGACAGAGUUGUUCGAUUCCGUCAUGAUCUGCAAUGGGCAUUACUUCCAGCCGCUGUGCCCGUCGAUACCUGGUAUGGAGCACUUUCGCGGGGCUCACUUUCACAGCCACGACUAUCGCCGGCCGGAGGCAUUCAGUGAUCAAGUCGUGGUUGUCGCAGGCUGCGGGGCAUCGGGCCAGGACAUCUGUCUCGACCUGGCCAGCACAGCCAAGCAUGUCAUGUUAUCUGCAAGUCCCGAUAAGUGGAUCUCAGCGUGGUUGCCCAGUAAUAUAGAGCGGCGACCGCGAAUAGAGCGUGUCAAUGCGGACGGCAACGUGGUGUUUGCGGAUGGUGACGUGCGCCAAGUCGACUCUAUCCUUUGGUGCACCGGCUAUGGCUACUCGUUUCCGUUCUUAAACCGUCGCUGUGGCAUGGCUGUGCACGACCAGCGCUACAUACAGCCAAUGUAUAAGCACAUUGUGAACGCUAUGUACCCUAGCAUGAUGUUCAUCGGCAUGCCAUACACCAUACUGCCCAAUCAAGUCAUGGAUAUCCAGGUGAAAUACACAAAGGCUGUACUGGAUGGACAGCAUGACCUUCCAACAACCGAGGAGAUGAUUGCAUGGCAGGACCGUGACUACGAAAAGCGAUUGGCAGAAGGACUUCGGUCGCACGAGGCCCAUCUCAUGGCGCAGAGACAAUUCGAAUACGUCAUGGACCUGGCGGAGUGCGCGGGAAUUCCCCCUAUCCCCGCACACAUACGGGCAAUCUAUGAGUACAUCAUGGACGGACGGGCCCGCAACCUGACACGCUACCGCCAACAGAACUUCCAUAUUCGGCAUGAUGUCCAAACCGCACCUGGUGUGAGUGCCAGCGACCUGUUUGAGGUAGUACCAGCAAGCAAUACCGCUGCUGACAAACAAACCGCGUCGGAGUGAGAAGAGACU